GGCAAAUUUAUCAAAUGGUUGGAUGAACCUAUAUAUACAGCCCAACAAAAGAAACUUACACAGGAGGAUGACAUUAAGGAAGAAAAGAUAGAAGUAGAUAUUAUGGAAGAAGAUGGAACACCAGAGAAUUAUGCAUGGUUCAUUAGUAGAGGUGCAGAGAUGUGCGAUGUUGGUGAUGGUGUCUCUUCUAAGCCAAAUACAUGUACAUUGCAUAAGUUGGUUUAUCCUACUCAACCAGGAGGAGCUUUUAGACUGGAGGAAGUCAAGAAAUACAAGCAUGAAGACUACCACGCAAACUCUUGGUUAGUAAAGAUAACCUCAAAUGGAAGAUAUAUUCUUGCACCCACAAUUUAUGGUCAGAUAUUCGUCUUCAAUAUCUUGACGGGACAAUUGACGGCGAUACUCAAAGAUCACGAAGAUAUCGAAGUACGAGAUGUAAUCUUCCAUCCAUACCGUCCUCUUGUAUUUUCAUCCGGUGAUGAUGGUUGUGUCAAGGUUUAUACUUACAAGACGCAUACUGAUCAUGAAGGACAAGACAUGGACGUGGCCCUUGACAUUUCCAUUGUAUGAUAUAUAUCUUAAUGUUCAUACCACAUAUACAACAUUUUCAUUCACAUUCAUAUUCAAACAAACAAUCAAUCAAUCAAUCAAUCAAUCACUUAAUAAAAAUACUUUUAUCUCGGAGUUAAUCCUUGCAAUAUAU